GCGAGGCAAAGCCAAAUUGCGCGCGUCGGUCGGCCUGGCCAAUCGCGCGUCUCUUCGGCCUCCCGCGCGGUCCCGCCUCCGAGACGCUUUGGCCCGGGCUGCGGCCGCGCCCGCUUGCCUCGCAGCGUGGGGAUGGCGGCGGGAGAAGUAAACCAAGAUUUCAAGAUGGGAAGUCCAGACUCAGCUGUGAUUUUACCUAGCACUCCACAAGCCGGUGCCAAUCCACCAUCUCCCCCUACAAGUAGUUCAAGAAAACAACCUAUGAGUGCAACCCUUAGAGAAAGGUUAAGGAAAACUAGAUCUUCAUUUAAUUCCUGUUAUAGUGUGGUAAAACGACUUAAAGUUGAGAGUGAAGAAAAUGAUCAGACUUUUUCAGAGAAACCAGCACCUUCAGCAGAAGAAAAAAACUGUUUGGAAUUUCAAGAAAAUUUUAAACACAUAGACAGUGAAUUUGAAGAAAGUCCAUAUUCGAAAAAUACCUUCAAGAAUAUCAGUGCAUGUGAAUCUAAUUCAUUUGAUACUGAAUCAUGCAGAGAUCUCCAAGAUGAUUUUAUGAACGAGAAUCUUCCCAAACAAGGAUUAAACAAAGAAAAAGCAAAAUUGGUGAAGCAGAUUCAGGAGAAAGAAGACCUUCUUCGAAGGCUAAAACUAGUCAAAAUGUAUAGAUCAAAGAAUGACCUGUCUCAGUUACAGUUGUUAAUAAAGAAGUGGAGAAGCUGUAGCCAGCUGUUGCUUUAUGAGUUGCAGUCAGCUAUGUCAGAAGAGAACAAGAAACUAAGCCUUACUCAGCUGAUAGACCACUAUGGGUUAGAUGAUAAACUGCUACACUAUAGCAGAAAUGAAGAAGAAUUUAUAGAUGUUUAAUUCAUAAUUUUUUCUCCAGAACAUCUUUGUGAACCUAACUAAAAAAUACUUAUACAUUUUAAAGGGAAGAUAUAAACCAUUAGGGCCUAGAGAAAGGUAUCCUGUGAGCCUGGAUCAAUUUAGGGCCUCUGUUAUAUAAAUAUAAACUAGGUUCUAAAAUGAAAAUUUAGUAUUUUGAAUAAAUUUGCCAAAGAAAACUUGACAGUUAAGGAAAUGUGAAAAAAAAUUAAAUCAUAAAAUUUG